UGUAGAACAAUCAAUUGAUUUAUUUUACAAUACAUCACUUUACUAUACGCUCAUUGGUGUGGAUUCAUUGUCUGCUUGCUCAAAAGAACCAGAAACCCUAGUAAGUGGGUUGAGGUAUAUUGAUAUUAUUAUUAAUGAUAUAAUAUACAUAGAAACUUACAAAUGGCGAUCCAGUGUAGGAGUUCAAUGCAUGGCAUUUAAUCCAUAUUUAUGAGUGUGUAAUAUUGUGUAGUAAAUUAAUUGAUUGUUUUGUGUUGUUUUAAUUGUUGUUAAAAUAAUCAUGGAGGUUUUAGCUAAAAAGAUGGCCAUGGUCAAAUGCUCAGGACAGAUUGUUAAAUGUAUGCAAGGAUCUCCAGAUCCAUGGGCUAAGGCUCAAGAUUAUGUUGCCAGGGCAAUUCAUGACAAAUCUCUGUCUAAAUCAAAGGGUAAAGGUGCACUGGUUUAUGCUGCCUGUUGCAUAGCAGAACAGUAUAAAAUGUUAUAUGUGCAAAAAGGGAAUCUUGAAGAAAAGGUUCAUUGUUUAAAUGUUUUAGUAGAUUCUCUAAAAUUUUCUGUAGAAAAUGCUGCUGCUAUUAAUGUUAGCAACCAGCAAACAACUGCAGAGUACAAGCAGGUUUGCAUAGAGAAUGAGCAGCUCAAACAAAGGCUGAGAGAUGCAGAAAGUUUGGUUGCAACCUUCAGAGAAGCAGGGGCUGAUCAUUCAAAUUGCAAAUCUGAGAUUAAACAGUUAAAGGCUCAAUUAGGAGCAAGAGAUUGUUUAGUUUCUGCAGUUAAAGUAGAGAACACUGCUAAAAAUGAUAGAAAUGUAACUGAUGUGAAAUGCAUAAGAGACAGCAAUAUGAAUUGUGAAUUAGCAGUCAAAAGUAAAAUGCUAAAUGUGGAUUGUUGUAGACAGGCCAAGCCUCCUAUAGUGACAUUAAAAUGUACAGAAAAUAGGACUGCGGGACAAAAGCAGGAUGUUCCUAAAGUACAGGUUUACAAACCUAUUCAACCCAGGAAGCAGCCUGGCAGUGAAAGGGUGUUUGCCAUAAAGGCUACCCAUCCUGAGAAACAAAGUGUGUACAGUACAGAUAAAAAGUGUACACAAAAGAAAGUGUUUAGAUGCUAUGCGUGUUCCAGAGUUGGGCACAUAGCAAGAAAUUGUACCAUGCAGUUUUACAACACGAACAAUCAUAAAAAUGGGUACAAUGCAAAUGAAAGCUGGAAGUCCUCUAGGUGGGGAUUCCAAAAUAAAAGCAAGAGCUGGAAUACAUGGAUUCCCUACCAUGUUCUUAAAACUCAGAAUGAAAGGCUGAGUAAAGAAAACUUUACACUGAAAAAUGCAUGGGGAAAGUUUAAAACUGAGAUUGAAAGUCUCAAAUCUGAGUUUUAUACAUUAAAGAGAUCAAAUGUCAGUCAAACCACAAGUUUAGUGGGAGGUAAUUGUUCCCAACAUUAAAAUCAGUGCUAAUGUUUUCUAUGAGAUUGUUUUCCAGGUAACAGGAUGGCAGAUCACAAAAAGAAGAAUUUCCAAACAAUUCCCUUCCCCCUUUUAUCUCAUGAAAAAAAAAAAAGAGUUAUAGAGGACCUUAUCUAUUUGGUUUUAUUUUUACUUUUUGUACUUAAGGAAAAGCCUCUAAAUUGAUAUGGUACAGUCAGGUUGAACAAAUUCUAAAAUAUUUUUUUAUUUUUAAUAGUUAGAAUUGCCUGCACUGUGGAGUUUUGAAAUAGUUGCUGUGUUAGUUGUAGAAGGGUAAAAAGCACUGAGGCAUAUUUUGAAUUUUUAUUUUUGGUGUAUUUUUGCCUGAGUGACAUUUUUGUUUUACUCUUGUUUCAGCAGCAACAGGUUAGAACAUUUUUACAUAGACUGCAUGCUGCUUGAUAACAUCAGUAUGUGUUUCCCAAUCAAAGCAGUAUUCACUCUAUAUUUUCUUUUGAAUUUUUUUCCAAAUUUUGUCUGUCGUUGUUUGUAUUUGUAGUUUAUAAUUAUUUGCAGUUCUCAAGGUGGGGUGUUUAAAAAAAAAAAACCACUCCAAUAUACAGUCUACAUGUUAAAAGUUACCAGAACCUUCUGUUCUCAGCAAAUGUACAAGUGUCUUACAUUGAUAUGCAUGGGGUUAUUUACAUAACAGAUCUGCGAGAGACAGCAGUUUACUUCUUGUUUUGUUCUUUUGUUGUUAAAUAACUCUUGUGUGGGGUCUGUCCCAAAUGAUCUCUCUUCUGAUAAUAAUGCUAAUUUCUGUUUUGUUGGGUUGUGAUAAUCAGGCAUGAAACUGAUAUGGAAAUACUGAGACAAAGGCGAGAAACAUCUCACUAGUGAUUUGCCCAAGAUAGUGCUGCACACUUUAGUGUAGUGUAUCUUCUGAAUUUCCUGAGGCCAGUAUUGGUAUUACAUUCACACCUAUUGCUGAAUUGAGGUGCUCUUUCCAGCUAUGCUGAUUAAUAAAAUGUGCCACAGACAUUUACACCCUACCCUAAAAUAAUAAAAUGUUUUCCCUGUGUGGUCUCUUUAAUAUGAAAACUGUGGUAAGCAGGAAUGUGUUGGGUGUUGCAAACACCAAAGUGCAAAGACCCUGGUUUGUUAAAAGUAGAGGCCUAAAAUGGGAUCCAGCCCAGACCUGGGUGGAGCAGGGUCAGGUGAUAAGUGGGGCACAGACAAAGCAGCGCAAUAAGCUGGAUAUUAAACCUCUAAAAGUUGGGGUGUGGGCUCAUAACUGGCUGAAGGGUUAUAGAUUAUGAAUAUGAACAACUGUGAGUGUUUAUGUAAUUAGGUUAAAAUUCAUCUCACAGUACCCCAAAUUUAAAAUAUUUGUGAGUGUUACAUCAUUUAGGUCUCAAUAAUCCUAUCACUUUCAGUUCCAAUACAUACAGUAACAGUGCAUUAAUGGGUGUCCCUGCAUUGGCAAUGUUAUGCUUUUUGUUAAUUUAGAGGGCUCUUUCCUUGUGAAGUCCUUCGCCCUCUAGGUGGGGAUUUGUAAGAAAUUGCCAUCUUGAUUUGUUAUUUAA